AAUGUAUGAACAACAAUUUGUUUUAUGAAUUAAAAAAAAAAGUAGAGUGUUUAAUUGUGAAUAACAAAUGAUGAAGAAAAACAUUUUAAAGAUAAACCAACGACUUCCCAUUCUUCUUUCCUCAUCCCAAGUGUUUUUUGCUUUCAAAUUCUCAAAUCUGUGUUUCUCAUCAAUUCUACUCUUUGUUUUUCAGUUUUCACAUUUUCUUCUAUUCUGUCUGUCAAUUAAGGAGAAAAAAAAACACACACUUUCUUUUAUUUCUUCUUACCUUGAUUUCCACUUCGCAAAAGGAACAGCGCAGAAGAUAGUUCAGUGAAGCUACAAUCUACUACUUAUUUCUCUGAAGCUCUAUUUACUUUCUGGUAUUCACAGACAGAAAGAGAGACUAUCAACAAAAAUGGCCGAAAAUGUUGCCCCUCCUGCUGUCGAAAUUGUGACAAACCAGGCAAAGGAGUACGCAUCACCUUAUCUCCGUUACUUUUUCUGUUAUGGAGAGAUUGUUGAAGAUUUCAAGAAUCAACGAAAGGCACUUAAAUUGAGGAAACAGAGGGUGGACACUUGUGUCGAUGAGGCUAAAAGGCAAAUUCAGGUCAUCUAUGAUGACGUUGAGGACUGGCUUAGAAGUGCUGAGCAAGAACUGGAAGAAACCCAGAACUUGGAAGAUGAAAUAGAUCGCAUCAAGUGUUUCAAAUGGUGCCCUCAAUGGGGCUGGCGAUAUUGCUUAAGUAAGAAACUGGCAGAGAAGACUCCUAUUAUCUCUAAACUUUUUGAGACUUCGAACUUUGCACAGGUGGGCUACCGUCGUUCUCUUCAAGGAAUAGAGUUCAUCAAAUCCACGGAUUUCAUGGACUCUGAAUCUUCAAAAUCAGCUUUCAACCAGAUCUUGGAGGCUAUAAAAGCUGUCAACAUAAUCGGACUGUACGGAAUGCCAGGAGUUGGUAAGACAACUUUAGCCAAAGAAGUUGGGAGGCAUGCUCGAGAAAAAAAGCUCUUUGAUAAAGUUGUGAUGUUUACUAUGUCCCAAAAUCCAGACAUCAACAAAAUUCAACAUAAAGUUGCAGCGAUGUUUGAUUUAAAAUUUCAAACAGAUAUCGAAGACACAAGAGCAGAAGAGUUGUGGAUGAGAUUGAAAGCUGAGAAGGACAUCCUCAUAAUUGUCGACGACCUCUGGGAAGAAUUCAAAUUGGAGAGUAUCGGAAUUCCAUUCGGUGAUGACCACAAGGGUUGUAAAAUUCUUCUGACUACACGUCAACAGCAAGUCUGCAGUAAAAUGAAGUGUCAGAAGGAAAUUCAACUUGGCAUCUUAUCCAAAGACGAAGCAUGGGUUUUAUUUCGAGAUCAAGCUGGUUUAGAUGAUGACUGUUCCUCCUUGAAUGAGGUAGCCAAAGAGGUUGCUGGUGAAUGCAAGGGAUUGCCUCUUGCAAUUGUUACCGUGGCAAAAGCUCUAAAAGGUGAGAGUUUAGGUGGGUGGAAAGCCGCAAACCAGAGAUUCAAGGACUCAAGACAUUUGGAUAAUGAAGAAGUUCUCGGAGGUGUCCUCAAGCCUCUUAAGCUUAGCUACGAUUAUUUGAAGAAAGGCAAUAACCAAAUGACGGGAAAUGACAUCCAAAUGUGUUUCUUACUGUGUUCCCUUUUUCCUGAAGAUUUUGAAAUUCCUAUUGAGUUAUUGAUUAUGUGCGGAAUUGGAGUAGGAUUGUUCCCUAAUGUUUACUGGAUUGAAGAUAAAAGGAAUGAAAUUGGUAUAGCUCUAAAAAAACUCCAAAAAUCUGGCCUGUUAUUGGAAACUGAUGAUACAGAAAGGAUAAGAAUGCAUGAUGUGGUUAGAGAUUUUGCUCAUUGGCUAACAUCAACCAAAGAAAAUAGGUUUAUGGUAAAAGAUAAGUUGGAAAAAUGGCCUGAUAUGGUUGAAAGUUAUGAAAGUUAUACUGCAAUCGCUUUAUGGAAUUGUAGUAGUAACAUAAAAUUUCCUGACAAAGUGGAAUUUUCAAAGCUCAAGACUUUGUUUCUUGGGGGGGAGGAUUGGAAUGAUUUACUAGUGAUUUCCAGUACAUUUUUUGAAGAAAUGAAAGCCCUUCAAGUUCUAUAUCUCAAACGUUUCUCACUAAAAGGAUUCCAUUCCUUACCAAAUCUUAAAACUUUGUGGUGUGAGGAUUGCAAGCUGGAAAACUUCUCAUCCUCAUUGACAAAUAUCAUGAGAAGCCUUGAGAUUCUUGCAUUGGUUGACACUCCGAUUGAUGAGAUAAGUGAAGAAUUAGUGAAAUUGUCCACACUGAAAUAUUUACGGCUUUCUAGUUUUGGAAUUACAGAAAUGGAAAUUCCGCCCAAGUUGGUAUCAAGGUUGACGUUACUGCAAGAGUUACAUGUGGCAUGCUACAACAAUAUCAAUUUAUUGGAGUUGAACUCAUUGUCUCGUUUAACUGCACUAUCACUUCUCCUUUUUACUAAUCAAUUUCCUCAAGAAGAUUUUGUAUUCCCUAAACUACAGAGGUACAAUAUAGUUGUAGAUGAUUAUGUUAGCUAUUGGAUGGAGCUAACCAUUAGAAAAUUGGCAAUUAAAAACUUCUCAUCCUCAUUGAGUGCAUUUAACAAUUUAUUUUGCAAUGUGGAAAUGUUGGAGUUAGAUAAUGUUAGUGGACUGAAGAACAUUGUGCCAAGCAUAGGAAAAAAGGUACUAAAUGAGUUGACUUCUCUGGAGCUUCUUUAUUGCUAUGAUAUGGAAUUUUUGACUGAUAUAACAAGAGAUCAAGGGCCAACUAAUGCGUUCUCUAAUUUGGUGAAAUUAAAUAUAGAUAACAUGGUUUCUUUGAAAGGGUUGUGCUAUGGUCUUUCUCCAUCUCAUCAUGCAAUUGCUAGCUUCGCAAGACUAAAGGUUGUGAGAAUUCAAUUUUGCAAUAAACUGAAGACAAUCUUCUCACUUUACCUUGCUCAGAGUAUGUUGUGUAUAGAAGAGCUCUACAUAUGUUACUGCGAUGGAGUAGAGCAAGUAAUUGGUUUUGCCCAGGAAGAAGAAAUUAUUAAGAAUGACUCUCGUCUUUGUUGCUGCCCCAAAUUGAGAAUUCUUGAUAUAUACGGUUGCAGAAGUUUAAAAUAUGUUUGUGCAAACACUUCGACUCAAGGGCUUCAAUCAUUGGAAUCUGUCACCAUAAGUGAUUGUCCUCAACUUAUGCAAAUAUUCAAGAUGGAACAAAAUGAGAAUGGGCAAGAUGUUGUGGUUCUCAGAACCAUUGCUGGCCAAAUUUGAAAACUUUUUGGAUAACUAUUCUCAUGCUUCAUUGUACAAGCUCCGCUCUUAGUGGUAUUAUUUAGAUUAUUUGCAUUUUGUAUAUGGAUUUUGACACUGUAGCAAAACAGUAAAUCGAUAUGUUGUUUAAUAUAUGCGAUAAUCUAUUCUACUAAUUUUAUACUUAGUUUGUAAGUGAACUCCAUUGUUCACUCUUUAAAUAAAAAUGUCAAAUCAAGAAAUGGCCUCUAAUGUUUUUAUAACAUUUAUUGGCAUUUCUGUGUGUAUGCAGGACUUGAUUCUUAGUAACGUGAGAACCAUAUGGAAAACUGAUAUGUCUGAAUUGAAUGAAGAUUGUAUAGUAGUAGGGAAUCAUGAAAAGGUAUUUUAAGUUCAAUGUGGGUACUCAUUCUCAAGGAUAAAAGAAUUGUACUUGGGGAAUUUAUUUGAAGCUCGGAUUAUAUGGAAAUGUUUUGCUCAAGUUGUAACCCUUGAGAACCUUUCAACUUUAGAGCUAACAGAUUGCAAGAAGUUAAGAUAUAUAUUUUCACCUAGGAUGGCUCGUAGUUUAUUACAUUUGGUGAAUCUUUCCAUCGAUGGGUAUGAAGAAAUAGAACGACUCAUUUUAGCCAAUGAUCAAAUUUCUUCUUCUUCAUCAUCAAAUGCUGGCCUCCAACCUAUCAGCUUUCUAAAUUUGACAAAGAUCACUUUUACAAAAUGUGAAAUUUUGAAUAGUCUCUUUCCUUUUGGAUCUAUCCAUGUUCUUCCAAAACUUGAAUGUCUCAUAGUUGAAAGGAACUCUAAACUGGAAGAAGUAUUUGAAUUAGAAGAUGAAGUGGAAGUGGUAGCUGAAGAGCAGACGAAAUUUGAUAAAUUAGGAAAGUUAUCACUUGAAGAACUACCGAGCCUCAUUCACUUCAGUCCCAAAGGAUAUCAUUUUGUAUUGUCAACAUUGGAAGAUUUGAAAGUAAGAGAUUGUGUAACACCCCAAACCCGGCCCAAAAGUUACGACCGAAUCUGGCGUGUCACAUUGAAGUGUUUUUCGAAAACCAUGUUUUCAUUGAAAACCCUUCUUGAUGUUUAGAAACUUUUACCGUUUAAACUUGUAUAAAACUUUAGCCUUAUUUUUUUUCCAAAA